GGCCGCAGCCCGCGCAUGCAGUACCACGCGCUGUCGCUGGCCCGCCGCGGCCGCCGCGUCGCGCUGCUCGGCUUCCUCCAGACGAAGCCCCACGGCGACCUCCUGGAGCACCCGAACAUCCGGMUCGUGGCCCUCUCGGAGCUGAGCGCACUGCGGGUCGGACCGAAGAUUUUCCAGUAUGUUGUAAAAGUCAUUGCCCAAGCGGUGCAGUUGCUAUACACGAUGUUGAGGAUAGAUCGGCCAUCCUACAUCCUGCUUCAGAAUCCUCCGGGUCUGCCUAGUAUAGCUGUCGCCWGGCUAGUGUGUCUUGUACGGAGAAGCAAACUCAUAAUUGAUUGGCAUAACUAUGGAUAUACUAUAAUGAGUCUGAUUCAUGGAAGAAAUCACCCGCUAGUACAAAUUGCAAAAUGGUAUGAAAAGCUUUUUGGGCGCAUGUCUGACUAUAACUUAUGUGUCACUAAUGCGAUGAAGGAAGAUCUGUGGGAGAAGUGCAACAUCAAGGCAAUAACUCUCUAUGACAAACCGGCUUCUUAUUUUAAGGAAACGCCUUUAGAACUUCAACAUCAAUUGUAUAUGAAGCUUGCCAAAGUCUAUGAACCUUUCAAAGCACAGUCCAUUACAGAGUCUGUCAAUUCGAGUGCUGAGAGGUCUGCCUUUACAGAAAUGGAUCAUAAAAAUAGAUGUGUGACAAAAGCCAGAGGACGGCCUGCUCUUCUAAUCAGCAGCACAAGCUGGACAGAGGAUGAAGAUUUUUCUGUCCUUUUAAAAGCAUUGGAAGAUUAUGAAGAGUUUAUCAAUGAGGGAAUCAAACUGCCGUCUUUAGUAUGUGUGAUAACAGGCAAAGGACCCCUAAAAGAAUACUACAACGAGCUGAUUGAUAAACUGCAUUUCAAGCAUAUCCAGAUCUGUACACCGUGGCUUGAAGCGGAGGAUUACCCUCUUUUGCUUGGCUCAGCAGACCUGGGUGUGUGUCUCCAUAAAUCAUCCAGUGGCUUGGAUUUACCCAUGAAGGUGGUAGAUAUGUUUGGCUGCUGUUUACCUGUAUGUGCAAUACACUUUGAUUGUUUACAUGAACUCGUGAAACACAAUGAAAAUGGUCUGAUAUUUAGGGAUUCAAAUGAACUUGCGGAACAGCUGAAGUUGCUUUUCUUGGAUUUUCCUACACUGGAAGGCAAGCUUGAAAAUUUCAGAAGAAAACUUCAGGCAUCCGGGCAGCUGCGCUGGGAUGAGAGCUGGGACCAGACUGUCCUGCCCUUGUUUGGGCAGAAGGAAGGACUUUUGUGGGGGAAGGAGAGAGUGGGGAAAAAUAGCUAAUACAUUCCUGGAAUUGCAUAGAUGUGAUAAAUGGUGAAUAAACAUUUUAUGUUAUGAUUUGUUACAGUUUUUUUUUUUAACCAUUUUACCUUGGGACAAGUGUUUAAACACUUUCUUCACAGUUUGAGUCUCUUGUACGAGUUAAAGAGUAGCACUGAAGUUGCAGGUGAGGUCAUGCACUGAUUGUGUAAGGAUUGAGGAAAGCGGUGGUUCCUGCCUUGCCAGCUGGACAACCUUCCUGAUCGCUUGGAAUUAAUCUUUAGAAAGUGGGGAGGGGUUGAGCUACUCUAGGAAGUCAUACAUGCAAAAUCUGUUACUUGUAUUGCUUAAAGAUUACACUCUGAUAUAGGUUUUGAGUGUAUAUAUGAAGCAAAACAGUUAUACCUGCUGUACAUACAGUAUACGUUACUUCCUCUUUUUCAGUAAAUGAUUUAGAUGAUAUAAGGUUUCUUUUCUCUAGAAGUAGGAGAUGCUUUUUAUUUGGGUGUUAUUUGAACUGAUGAUUGUUUGUAUUUUUUUUUCCUUUAACAGUUUGUAUUCUUGACUAGUAUUGAAUAUCCUCUUUAUAUUUUUAUUAAGAGAACCAUUUAGCUUAAAUGUUCUCUUUUUUUUCUUGCAGUGUGUGCAGGAGUAUGAAACACAGUCAUUGAUACAUAGCAGCUUUAUUGAAUGCUGAGAGAAAGGCAGUUCUGAGGACUGUUGGCCUUGUACACUGAAGUAAAUGUACCCAUUUACCUUGAGAAAGAACAUAAAAUGUACUCCUAUUUGAACAGAUGAAUAGAAGAGGCAAAAAUAGAUUAUUACAGUACGUCUAAUCCAGUAAAAAGGCACUUCACUUUCUGAAUGCUUAUUCAGGUAUAGCCUUGUUUUUAUUUAGGUAGUAUUCACAUGCAGACUCAGUAUGUAUGGGCUGUUUGCUUCACCAUCUUUAUGAAUUUUUUAAAAAUAGAUGUCAGUCAUUAGAGAAGAAAAUGUGUUUAGUUUUAUCAUACAGUUGCUGCUUGGACAAGUAAAGACAGAAUGAUGGUUUAGCUUUAUUCAUUUUCUAGUUCUGCAGGAGUGACAAAUAUUCCCUGACAGUAAAAAAAUAGUUGUGUUCAUUUCUGUUACUUGAUUAAUGGCUGUUUAAGGAAACUGGGCUAGGUGCCCCAAACCUUGCCUGUCUUAGAACUACUCUUUGGCUAAUGCCUAUUUUGCCAUUUUUAGCUAUAUUUGUUGGAGAGUUUCUGCUGUCUUCCUACAUUGUGCAUCUGCAGUGUGCCUGAAGGGAUUUUUUUUUUUUUUUGAAAAUGGAAUUAAAUAUUAGUGCGUCUUAUCGCAGGUGCUGUGUGUGCUCUGAUUCUUAAUUGGAAAUGCCUCAAUUAUUUAUCUGGCUAUUCUCUCAA